AUGCUGCGAGAUCACCUCGUCCGCAAUUGUCCGGUCCCAGUCGAGGACCGUGCAACCUCCUGGGUCGCGAACGGUGUCACCCGACGCCGUGGUGGUCGUCGCGCACGCGACACCACCAACAACAACAUCAUCAACGCGGUGAACAGACUCACGGCUGUUCUUGCCAACGCCAGGGGCGGCGGCGACCGCAACAACAACAAGAAGGGCGGCGGCGGCGGCCGCAACAACAACAAGAAGAAGGGCGGCAGCGGCGACGGCGGCGGUACUGGAGGUGCUGGAGGUGCCGGUGGCAAUGGCGGAUUCAUAACCUGA